AUGGCUCCUGAAUCCUCUGAUAUAUCCACCCCAAUCAUUACCAACACCAACUCCAACACCCUAUCCUCCCUAAUCACCAUCAACGCUGCUGCACAACUUCCCGUCAAGCUUACCCCUACAAAUUACCCAUCUUGGCGUGCCCAGUUUAACGCCCUCCUUAUUGGCUAUGACCUCCUGGGCUAUGUGGAUGGUUCUUCUACAUGCCCACCAGACACUCCAGCCGCGUCUCGCGCCCUUUGGAUUCGUCAGGACCAGCUGCUCCUCCAUGCCAUUCUUGCAUCCGUAUCACCGCAAGUAAUAUCCCUUAUUGCCUCCGCCAAGACCUCCAAGGAGGCGUGGGACAAACUGCUCCAUCUCUUUGCUAGCAAAGCACGUGUUCGUGUCUUUGGUCUCAAGGAACGCCUUACUCUUAUGCGUCGUGAGGAUAAGCCUGUCUCUCAGUAUUUGCAAGAUGUUAAGGUUAUCGCCGAUGAACUUGCCAUCAUCGAUGUCCCCCUUUCUGAUGAUGAUCUUCUCCUUUACAUUCUCAAUGGUGUUGGUUCUGAAUUUAAGGAGAUCGCUGCUGUUGUUCGUUCCCGUGACACCUCUAUCUCAUUCGAAAAUCUUCAUGAUAAGUUGGUUGAACAUGAAGCUGCCCUUACACGUGCCGACGCUCCAGUUACCACACCUGUCAUCACUGCUAAUGUCACUCAAAGCUCCCAGCGAGCCCCCACCAACCGUGGUUCUCGCUCCCACACCUACAAUCACAAUCGUGGUUCUUCUAGCUUCCGCAACAAUUACCGUGGUUCCUCUGAAUCCACCGCGCCCUCAACCACUGACAACGGUCGUCGUUCAAACAACACUACUGGCACUGGUUAUCGUGGCUAUUGUCAAUGGUGUGGUACACAAGGUCAUAGUGCCAAACGUUGUCCCCAGCUUCAAUCUGGCUCCCAAAGUCAGCCAGUGGUCAAUUCUACCUACCAUGGCCGCCACAAUGCCUCUCCCACAUGGUUGCUUGAUUCCGGUGCUUCUCACCAUGUUACCUCCAAAGUCACCAAUCUCUCCGAUGUCUCCACAUAUGCUGGCCCUGAUGAAAUAAUUAUUGGUAAUGGUUCAGGUUUGGGUAUAACUCAUGUCGGUUCAUCCUCUCUCACUACCCCUUCCUCCAAAACCUUUGCCUUAUCUAAUGUUCUUUGUGUUCCUUCCAUUAAGCAAGAUAUUAUUUCUAUUUCCAAAUUUAACAAACAAAAUAAUACGUCUAUUGAACUUUUUCCUGAUUUCUUUCAUGUCAAGGAUCUGAGCACGGGGCCGGUACUUCUUCAAGGCCCGAAUAAGGACGAUGUGUACGAGUGGUCCUCCCAAUCCCUCCGUCAACCUCAGGCCAUGGUGGGUGUGGUGGUCUCUCCAAAUUUGUGGCACCGGCGUCUUGGUCACCCACAUUCUAAAACUCUUCACCAAGUUCUUCGUUCCUCUUCCAUUCAUGUGUCCUCCAAAUUGUCCGAGUCUCUUUGUCAUUCAUGUCAAUGUAAUAAGAGCCAUAGGCUCCCAUUUGGUACUUCUUCCCUUCAAAGCAAUGGUCCGUUAGAGCUCCUUUAUAGUGAUGUUUGGGGCCCUGCCCCUUAUUCUUCCAUUGAUGGCUUUUCCUACUAUCUUAUUUUUGUUGAUCAUUUUACCAAGUACAUAUGGCUAUACCCUCUCAAAAAGAAAUCAGAUGUGUUUUCCACCUUCACCACCUUUAAAGCCCUUGUUGAAAAUUAUUUCAAAACUAAAAUCAUCACCUUAUUUACUGAUGGUGGAGGGGAAUUUGUCAAACUCAAAAACUUUCUCUCUUCCGCUGGCAUCUCUCAUCUCAUCACACCACCACAUACUCCACAACACAAUGGUGUUGCCGAACGACGGCAUCGUCAUGUUGUCGAAACCGGUCUCACCCUUCUUCAUCAAGCCUCAUUACCUCUUUCCUAUUGGUCAUAUGCGUUUCAAACUGCUGUCUACCUCAUAAAUCGAAUGCCCACUCCCAUCCUUAAAAAUGUCUCACCAUAUCAACAACUCUUUCAUCAACAACCCAAUUACUCACGUCUUCGUACCUUUGGAUGUCUGUGUUUUCCAUGGCUACGGCCUUACAACUCCAACAAGUUACUUCCUCGUUCCCGCGCGUGUCUUUUUCUUGGUUACUCCUCCAAUCAAAGUGCCUACAAAUGUCUUGAUCUCUCAUCCAAUAAACUUUUUAUCUCUCGUCAUGUCCAAUUUGAUGAGUCCACUUUCCCUCUUGCUAGUGCCCAUAAUUCCACUUCUUCUGUCCCCUCUCCUACUUCCACCUCUUGGUUUCCUCUUGCUCCUGUUACUCUUAUUCCUUUCCAAGCAGCCCCCAUGCCACCACCAUCGGCUACCACCUCCUCACCGACUGCACCAUCCACAUCGUCCUCCGCUGCCUCUUCUGCCUUGGAGCAGCUCUGCCCCCCUGCGCACAUACCACCUCCAGCCCCUACUGUCUCUCCACUUCCACCACAAAACCCACCCUCCUCUAACCCACCUCAUACUACUCAUACCCCUUCACAAACCAUGACCCCAACCCAUUUCCCUUCCAAUCCGACCCCCACUGAACCAGAAACCCAACCUCCCCAGCCAUCCCCUAUCCGUACCUACCUCAGAAACCCAAAUAGACUCGUUCUUACCUUCCCAGCCCCUGACCCAUCGCCUCCCCCACCAUCUUCUAUCUCACAACCCAUGGUUCCCGAUCACCAAAUGGUGACGCGUGCCAAAGCCGGUAUUAGCAAGCCCAAUCCACGGUAUGCUUUAGUCGCCACCAAACACCCCAUACCCUCAUCCGUUGAACCGACAUGUGUUUCUCAUGCCAUUAAAGAUCCCUUUUGGCGAGCUGCCAUGUCUACUGAGUUUAAUGCGCUCAUUAGCAAUGGAACUUGGGAACUUGUUCCAUCUGACUCUACUCAGAAUCUCAUUGGUUGUAAAUGGGUAUUUCGUAUCAAACGACACCCAGAUGGCACUAUUGACAGGUACAAGGCCCGUUUGGUCGCCAAGGGCUUUCAUCAGCGCCUCGGCGUCGAUUUCUCAGAAACUUUUAGUCCAGUGGUCAAGCCCACCACCAUCCGUGUUGUGUUGCAUCUUGCCUUGUCUCAUGGCUGUCCUAUUCGUCAGUUGGAUGUCAACAAUGCCUUUCUUCAUGGCACACUUAGUGACAGUGUUUAUAUGUCACAACCCCCAGGUUUUGUUGAUACCAACCUCCCAUCUCAUGUUUGUAAACUCCGAAAGGCUCUUUAUGGCCUUAAGCAGGCACCUCGGGCAUGGUACAAGGAAUUGAGCUCCUUCUUGCUCUCACAAGGCUUCCGCAAUGCUACCUCUGAUGCCUCCCUAUUUAUUUCUACCUUUGGUAGAAAUGUCAUUUAUUUCUUGGUUUAUGUUGAUGACCUUAUUGUUACUGGCAACAAUUCUUCUCUUGUAAUGCAGUUCAUUGCCACAUUGGCUCGCCGGUUCUCUGUCAAAGACUUGGGGUCUCUUCAUUACUUCCUUGGUGUUGAGGUUAUUCCCACCACGACUGGUCUCUUUCUCUCGCAACACCAUUACAUUCGUGAUCUCCUACUCAAAGCAAAAAUGGACGGUGCCAAGGAGUAUCUCAACCUCACACGCCCUGACAUCUCCUUUGCCGUUAAUAAGCUCUCUCAAUUCAUGCAUAAGCCUUCGGAGUCUCACUGGCAGGCUCUCAAGCGUCUCCUUCGUUACUUGAAGGGCACCUUAUACUUUGGUCUUCAUUUGUCUCGUCGCUCAUCUCAUCGUCUCUAUGCUUUCUCUGAUGCCGAUUGGGCCGGCAAUCUUGAUGACCGUAAGUCCACUACUGCCUAUGUUGUUUAUCUUGGUGGCAACCUCAUCUCUUGGAGCUCUCGCAAGCAACGCUCUGUAGCCCGCUCUUCCGCUGAAUAUCGAGCCAUUGCUACCACCACUGCCGAAAUUGCAUGGAUUCAAUCCUUGUUACGUGAACUUGGCAUUUCCCUUUCCGGUCCACCGCUCAUUUCAUGUGACAACAUUGGAGCCACAUUCUAUUGUGCUAAUCCUGUUCUCCAUUCUCGCAUGAAACAUAUUGAUAUUGAUUUUCAGUUUGUCCGGGAUCGCGUCAAUAGUGGUCUUCUUCAAGUUUCACAUGUUUCUACUGUUGACCAACUUGCCGAUGCCCUCACCAAACCACUUCCACGUCUGCGUUUUCAGCUUCUCCGGUCCAAGAUCGGUGUCUCCGAUGGGACCACCGUCUUGCGGGGGCGUAAAAGGGAACCUUCAUCAAAGGAAAUCAUCUCAUCAUCAACGCAAUCAUCUGCAAUCUCUCAUCAAAGUCAACCUUGA